AAUGAGAGAGAGAGGGGGGAGGGGGGAUGGGAGGGGUGGAGCACGAUAGAGGGAUGUCGUCAGUUAUCAGCCAGGAUCAGAGAACAGGACAAAACGAGACAAUAAUUUUUUUCUUCAAAUACUUGUCAGUGAUAACCGUGUCCUCGUAAAACAAAAAGGUAAACUCAAUCACCAAAGGAUGUGACAUCUUCUACUCACUGAUUGUAAACGACUCAACUUGGCAUGAUUAGUUCUUAGGUCGAUGUUCAAGUUUAAUUGCGCGGCUGGUUCUUGCAAUACUCUGAACACAUUUCGUCAGACUAGGCCCAUAUACUUACAAAUAGCGAGCAAGAUGUGAAAAGUUUCAUUGAUAUGCGAAAACCUAAUUAAGCCUGUUCAUCUGAUUUAGGAAAAUCCUAACUCCGUUGUCUUCAUAAACAGUUUGAACACGUGCCGAAUAGAGGAUUGUCAUUGCUGUGAUUGAUCAUGCAAAUAAGAAGCGUAGUCGCCGUCGUCUUCGGGGCCCUGGAGAACCUCAUCCACGCUGGCAUCAUCUUCGGUUGGCCCUCUCUCGUAUUCGUCCUCAAGGAUAUUGGUUACUAUGGCAACAAAUGCCCAGCUGACCCGACCCCAACAGGUGCUCCUACAAGAAACGCUACAAACAGUGGCCGACUCGACAGUUCGAUCACCACCAUGCCAAUCUCGCCGACGAUGACGACGACGUCGUCGACGGAUGAAGUGUUUUGUGAGGAGCAGGAUGCAGCCCUGGUGUUGGUGUAUACUGUAGCCACCGUGAUGCUCCCGCUUAGUAUGUUACCAGCAGGAUAUCUUCUUCUCAUAGUUGGUAGCAGAAUAUCUAGGAUUGUCUUCAGUAUAAUGAUGGUAUGUGGAUACGUGUGUCUGGCCAUGAGUUCACCCGAAAUACCAAGCCUGCUGUAUCCUGCAUCAAUCUUACUAGGUGCAGCAGGACUCAUCAUUAUCCUCGCAAGCUUUGAGAUAGCAAAUCUAUUUCCAACUCAAAAGUCGACCGUGAUCGGGGUGAUGAAUGGUUGUUACGACACUUCAACCCUUAUCUUCUUUCUAAUAAAGAUCGCUUACGAGAACGGAAUUUCAUUAGAGGUCUCCUCCCUAGCGCUGGCAUGUACUACCGUCUUCUUUUUUGUCAAUAUAUGCCUUCUUCCCCGGCAUCAUAUUCCCUGGCCACUCCCUGAUGACUACUUCCUUCAUGUGCCCUGCUUACCCGAUCCCGAAUUCGAUACGAUCAGCGAGGUUGAGAUGGUCGUCGAGAACGAGAAUGGGAUGGUGCUUUGUUCUGCGGAAGGCGAUCUCACAACGAGCCGCACACUUUGUGACGUAGGAACGCAAACGUUCGAGUUUGAUAAUCUCGGGUUUGAGGACCCGGUGGUGACGAAAGUAAAAAAGAGAGUGUCCUUACAUGUUGAGGAUAUCAUCAAUGAACGCCGUGCAUCGAAACAGAGUUGGAGCACCGGCAUUACCGGGGAACGGCGUUUAUCCAAGCAAAGUUGGAACAUCGGGGAACGGCGUUUAUCCAAGCAAAGUUGGGACACCGGGGACCGACGUUUAUCCAAGCAAAGUGUGAACAGUAAAAUAAGCUCAAGGAACUCGUUAGAUAGCCGCAUGAGUCAGAAAGAGCUCGCCAAGAGACGAGAGAGCAUUCAUGAAGAGAAUUCAGAACUGAAAAGGGAUGAGGCCUACCCAACAUUCUUUUCCUGUUUGAAGAGUCCGAUGUUUUUCUUCAUGUCGUUUUGGGCCAUCGUCAUCCAACUCCAACUGCUCUUCGUUUUGGCGAUUAUGAACCCUUGGCUUACGUGGCUAGCCGACGGUGAUAUUGAUGUCGUGAGUCAAUACACUAAUGUGCUUGCGUUGAUGAGUUUUGUGAGUAUGAUUGGAGGACCCCUUGGAGGUCUGCUAUUAGAUAGGAGAAAACUCACCUUGUGUGCAGCACCACUGGAAUCAGAACCUGCGUAUGGUCCAUUGACUGAUCUGCGAAACAGUUGGUUGGCAGUGACUUGCACGACUGUUAUGUCAAUCGCCUACUCGGUAUGCAUGCUGGUUCGAAUCCUCCCUCUCCAGUAUUUGACCUUUGCCCUCUUGACCUUGUGUAGGUCAAUGUUGUAUGGCGUAUCGGCAGGUGUGGUUCCACUCACGUUUCCGAUGAAAUUCUAUGGGAUCGUUUAUGGUAUGACCUACUUAUUAAUAGGUAUCUGUGGCUUCCUACAAUAUCCACUUUUCAUCCUGAUCCAAAACGUGCUCAUGGGUGACCCUCAAUAUGUCUUGAUCGGAUUUAUUGUGGCCAAUGUUCUAACUUUUUCCUAUCCUAUCUACAUCAUUUACCACGUGAAAACCAGAAUGGCUCAGCAUCCGGGAUAGUAUACACUCGUCAUCUCAUAUGCGAGAAAAAUAUACAACGUUUUCAUUAAAUUUUGUACGUUUUCUUCAUAAAAAAUAGAUUAAAUAACCUUGCAUGCUGUCGUACAAAUUACUGUUUAACAACCUUACAAAACUGCUAGACAAUAUAGCAGAAUGUCUUUUUGUUAAUUCCUGUUUCGAACAAAACAAAACUUUCAAGGAAUGAGUGUUUUUUACCGUGUGACGUCAGUUCUUUUAGUCGGUUGCUCUUCAUGAUCAAUUUUCAUAUCCGUUUGAUUGGCAUUUUUGGUUCGCUUUAAUAAUGAUGAUGUAAAAUGAUGCUGAUAUUUACAAGUUAUACAUUAUCAUCUGUACGGGACAUAGCUAUUAAAUAGCUCGUCCGUCACAGCUGCCGAUGUGAAAAGAGUAUUUAAACGGUCAAUGCCAACAUUGGUCAAAUGUUUAUGAUAUAAGAGAGUCCGACCAAUAAUUUUGAUGAUUCAUUACCUGUUUAUGAAAGAUUACCCAAUUUUUGUGUUGAUUUUAUCCACUUUUCUUAUCAGACAGAUAUUCACAAAUAUAUUGAUUGUUUUGACUUAUACCUAUUAGGAGCGUCACGUGGAUGUAAAAGUUGAUUUAAAGAUUACAUUGAAAAAAAAGAAAAUAUGCACAAAAUAUCAAAUUACGAAACAUCAUGUAUCGCGUACCUAUUUUUUGAAAAUGUGUGUCUCAAAUGACCUAUACCAGUUCACUGUUAAGCCUCAUAUUUUAGGGUGAAAUGUUCAACCAUCCGAUGAUCUAGAAACUUUUAAAAAAUAAAUGCAAAUACACACCCUUCUUUCUGGUUUGUAUUGCAUUCACGUAGCUAAUUCAAAUAUGAAUAUUUUAAUAUGCAGUUCACAUAUCUGAUUACUGUUACGGGGACUUCUCAGAGACUAUCUUUAAUCCUUUUUGUAAUAGAAGAUAGCAGAUAACAUCUUUGGAAUGUGUUUAUUCUUGGAUAAAUGCGGUUUAAUUUCAAAGGCUAUCAGACCCAAAUUCAGGUUAAUCAUUCGGGAUAUACAGUGAUGCUCAAAAGUUAGUGAACCCCACUCGAAAAUGAACAUAUUUUAGAAUCUUUCAUUUCUGCCAUGUUUUAGAUAUUAAAUUUUGAUUUCAGGUGAUAAAAUAUUACAUUAAAACAAGUUUGUUUCUAUUGGCUCACAAAACAUGGUAAUGAGGUUGUUUUCAUUUACCCUCAUCAUGAAGGAGCGCAUUCUGUGAAGGGGUUCACUAACUUUUGAACAAAAGUGUACAUCCCUUAAAUCUAGGAACAUCCAGGUUGUUUAAAAAAUAUAUCAAAUUCAGUUGUCGGGCUUAAACAACGUGCAUAUAACUUCUUUACAUUGUACACAGGCUAAUGAUAAUGCCUGUAGUAUUUUUAUUUCAUGAGAUGAGGGAUAGGAGGGCAUACGUGCUAUGUCGGGAAUCGAACUCAUGAUUUUAACGAGUAUCGGUGUUUUUGACCAACUCAAUCAAGGCACCUCGAGUACCUUCUUAUUACCAUAAUAUUAUGUUUCAUAGUAGUUCAGGAUUUUAUGUAACCAAGGUUUCAUAGCAAACCAAAAACAGUGAGUAUUCAUUUAUUGUUUAUCGUUUAUCAACCCAUACGAAUGAAUUGUAUACGUCUGUUGUUCGUCUCGAUACUCUGGUCUAGCACAAUUUAAAGAAGAGCGUCCUAAUGUACCCCAGACCGUCACUUACAUACAGACCGCUAAAUAAAACAGUUUUUUUAUUGAUAAAAUAGAUGUCGUUGUGAAACGUAUGCAUCGAGAUAGAGCAGAAGAAAAAAAUAUAUUUUCUAUGUAUGCCGCAUUUCCAUUUUUAAUAUUUAAUAUCCUUAUUCAUAUAUGGGAUUUUGCUCUUGCCCGUCGGCGACUUUUUUCAAUCAUGCACUGACAUGAGAGGGCUGUUUUGGAGGCUUUGAAUCAGACUACAAAUCUUGGAACUUUUUCAUAGUCUUCCCUCAUUUUUUUUCAAAAUCAUUGCAAAAUCGUCCUAGGAGAGAAUCGAACUUACGGCUUGUGCUAUAUCAAUCGAGCUGAUCGACGAGUUGGAAGUUACGCUUUAUCCUAACGUUUCAUGUCGCCAGGAAUAUUUAUGAGGCGUAGUCUGACUAAACAACCCAAUUAUAUCGUAAUUUCUUAUUCGUGAAAAAGUUACGGCCCCGGUCUACUGCCCUCUCAUGCCAGGUAAGUCUGCGAAUCGAACGUAGAAGACGAGAUGAGUUAGGGUUAGGUGAAAAAGUAUUGACGGGAAAAUAAAAUCACUACCCGUCUUUUCCCACCAUUUGUUUCCUAUUUAGGACAUAUUUAUUUAUUUUUUGUCCCUAGAAGCUUUAAGUUCAGUUACGUAUGACAUUACGAACAACUUGAUUUGUUAAAGGGGUAUUGGCUGAAAAUGAUUUGAAGAAAUAAUUAAAGUAAAUUCAGAUAAACAAAACAGAGAGUUUCUUAUUAAAAUCUGACAAGGAAUAACAAAGUGAUGACAUUUUUUUUCAUUAUUGCGGUAGAACAGUUCUACGGAUGUCUUUAUGAAUAUGUGAUGAGCAAGUUGAUGAUUUCAGAUCACCAUUUAUUUUGUAUUUCAUUAUAUGAAAUUAGAUUUAUUACAUUUUUCCACCAAGAAUAACAAAAUUAUAGGAAAGGCAGCUUAUUGGGACAUGACACCAUCAGCCCUUUUAUUGUGCAUUCAUGGCGGCGUGCAUAUAACUGUUUAACACAAAAUAUCACUAAAGUAUAACAUUCAAUGAGUUUAUUAUUUGUUAUUACAUUUGGAUAAAAUGUUCAACACCUUGUUGAAUGAAUUUAAUUAUAUAUUCCUUUUAUAUAAUUGUUUUCAACCUGAGUACCCUUUUAAGUUCAAAAUGGGAUGUCUGAAGUUUUGAUAACUUUUUAUUCUUCAGAAAAGCGCUAUAUAUACAAAACCUACCCUUGUUAUGGAUAUGUUUUAUUAUUAAUAUAAUUUUCAAUCUAAUUUAGAUGUGUAUCUCAGAUGCACAUUUUAAUCAUCAGCUUGAAUCACUUUCAAGCCUAUUAAUCGGUUGGUCUCCUGCAUUCCUCUAAGUUAUCAUUUUGUUAAAUGAUAAAUAAUAAUGAAUGUAAUAAUACAAUUUGUCGAUAUUUAUUAUCAUUGCUUAUAUUACGACCAAUGUAACAUUGUUUUGUACUUUUGUUAUAAAUCUAUUACCUUUAUGUCAUAUUGUAUACUCAUCACUGAUGUGAAUGUAGAGAUUAAAAAAAAUCAAUCAAUAAUAAAUGCAUCAAAUAUGCGUCAUCGAUCAGGAAGACUACUCUUAGGAAUGGAAGAAUAAAAUAAAGUUACAGGAGUAUU